ACGCACGUAUGCUCCGCGCACGCGCAGGCCUCGCGGGCUGCCCCAGAGACCAUGGCUUCCGAGCGGCUCCCGAGCCGGCCCGCCUGCCUCCUCGUGGCCAGCGGCGCCGCCGAUGGUGUGUCGGCCCAGUCUUUCCUCCACUGCUUCACUCUGGCCAGCGGUGCCUUCAACCUGCAGGUGGCCACCCCCGGGGGGAAGACCAUGGACUUCGUUGAUGUGAAUGAGAGCAACGCCCGCUGGGUGCAGGACUUCCGCCUUAAGGCCUACGCCAGCCCCGCCAAGCUCGAGUCCAUCGACGGUGCCCGGUACCAUGCCCUCCUGAUUCCCAGCUGUCCUGGGGCCCUGGCUGACCUGGCCAGCAGUGGGUCCCUGGCUCGGAUCCUGCAGCAUUUCCACGGCGAGAGCAAGCCUAUCUGCGCUGUGGGCCACGGCGUCGCCGCACUCUGCUGUGCCACCAACGAGGACAGGUCAUGGGUGUUCCAAGGCUACAGCGUCACGGGGCCCUCCGUGUACGAGCUCGUCAGGGCCCCCGGCUUUGCCCACCUGCCCCUCAUUGUGGAGGACUUCGUGAAGGACGCGGGCGCCUGCUUCAGUGCCAGUGAGCCUGAUGCUGUACACGUUGUGUUGGACCGCCACCUCAUCACCGGCCAAAAUGCCAGCUCCACUGUCCCGGCUGUGCAGAACCUGCUUUUCCUCUGCGGUAGCCGGAAGUGAGGCGGCCGGAGCAGCCUGGCAGCAGGUGCUGCCACCUCCAGGCGUCCCGGGUGUCCCCAGAGGCAGCUGGACUCUCGGGCCUCCUGGGUCUGCCUCUGCGACACCUCACCUGGCCCUGGGGGUGGAGGCUGAGGACCGUCCCUGAGGGCUGUCAGCUCUGGGGCGGGCCCAGCCCCGACCCCAGCACCGUCUCCUUGGGGAGGAGGUGGAGAGCGCCGAGACUGCCAAAUGGUCCUUGAGAAUUCUGUCUUCCACAGAGAGCAAGCUGUGAUGCCCAGUGAGUCGGCUGCGGGGCUGUCCUGGCCCCUCUCUGCUCUUGUUCUGCACCCAUGUAGGGGAACAGAGGCUGAGCCCUUCUGGAAGCCAGGAUGGCGGCUAGCUGGGCAGUGACAGGCAGGGCCCCAGGGUCCCAUUUCUGGGGCCUGUAUGCGGUCUCCCCAUCGCUUUGGGUGUUGGUGGGGGCUGUGUGGGGAGGGGCCUGCCCGCUGGGGCUGACCCUUACCUGGUGCAUGGUUGCCAGUGUGAGGGCGACCCCACGUAAGGCCUGGGUGGACCUUGGGGUGGACGCUGCGGUGCCACCAUGUCCCUUCUGAUGUUGAGAGGAACACUUUGAUUGUGAAUACACCACCCUAGUCCUGCCCAGGGGCCUCCAGGUGGUGACAGCCCAGCUGGUUCUGCAGCUGCUCUGCCUGGUGGAAGUGAGGGAGGCCCGAGUUCCACUUGGAAGGAAGCCCUGGGUGUGGCUGGCCGGCGUGGGUUGGCAGGGGUGGUGGACAGUCCUUACCUCGCAGGCCCUGGACUGACCUUUGCUGGGUACGCCAGGUGGCGGUCUGGCUGGCUGGCUCCUGGUGCAGCCCGAUCGCUCUCCAGCUUCCCUGGGGGGGCCUGGCCUGUGGCCCUUAGGCGGGUCCUCCUGGAGCUGCAUGUGUCCCCAACCUUUCUCUGUCACCCUCCUCCUUGUUAUCUCAGCCUGACUGGCUCUGCUGCUUCCAACCCCUCAGAAGGAAGCAGGGCGCCCCCGGGUCCGAGGCUGCUUCCCUCCUGCUCCACAGACCAGGCUGAGGUGCUCCCUGCAUGCGUGCUCCUCCCUGGCAUCUCCCAGAAUAACAAUUUUGGGGGCCCCAACACCUGCUGGCCUGCUCUGUGUACACAGUGGGCCUGGCCAGCCCCACCAGGGGUUCAGUCAUCCUGUGUCUGCAGUCCUCACAUAGUAACGGCUCUGACAGUUUUUUGGGGUGCCCUUAGGGGCAACAUCUGUUAUCUUUGAAGAGCUUCUGCUGGGCCAGAUCAAGACCCAGGUGGGCCCUGCAGGGGGCCCUCCACAGCCCUGUGCCCUGGGUGGCUGAGUCCGCCGUCUGUGGCUUGGUCCUGAGUAUGCCAGGUCCAGGGACACUGGGGUUGGGGCAGGGGGCAGCCCCUGAAGCUGGGAGGUGGCCGAUGGGUGGGUGUGGAUGCCUGGGGUUUCCCCACAUGCCCAAGGUGUUUAAAACAGACCCAGAGGUCUACCCAAAGAAAGAAAAACCUACAACACCACAAAAAUGGUGUGUGAAUGUCCAUGGUGUGAUUGGUGACAUUAAAUCAUAGCUUCCAUAA